AUGAUGUCAAACAAAUCAACCAGAAAUUCAAAGAAUGUUCAUGGAAGAACAUCAGUUUGUCAGAAGACACAAGUUGAGAAGCAACAUAAGAAAGAGGUGGUGGAUCUAAGAACCCUUCUUAUCCAUUGUGCAGAAGCAGUAUCUGUGAAUAACUAUACCUUAGCAAGUGAUAAACUGAACAUCAUAAGACAGCAUUCCUCAGUAAGCGGAGAUGAUACCCAGAGGCUAGCAUCUUGCCUAGUUGACUGCCUUCAAGUACGAUUAGCUGGAACUGGGGGGCAGCUGUAUCACAAGUUGAUGACUGAAAGCUGCAAUGCUGUGGACAUUUUAAAGGUAUAUCAAUUGGGUUUAGCAGUAAUUCCUUUCAUGCGGGCACCAUACUAUUUUUCAAAUAAGACAAUCCUUGAUGUCUCAAAGGGAAAACCAAAGGUGCACAUUAUCGACUUUGGCAUUUGCCUUGGCUUUCAAUGGCCAACACUGUUUGAGCAACUCACAAGGAGGGAAGAUGGGCCUCCUAAGGUUCGGAUCACAGGUAUUGAGCUACCCCAGCCAGGAUUUCGACCAAAUCAAAUGAAUAAUAACGCAGGGCAGCUAUUAGCUGAUUAUGCUAGCAUGUUCAAUGUGCCUUUUGAAUACAAAGGAAUAUCAUCGAAAUGGGAAAUCAUCCGUAUAGAGGAUCUCAACAUCGAGGAAGAUGACGUGCUGAUAGUCAACUGCCUGUUCCGAAUGAAGAACCUUGUUGAUGAGACAGUAUACCUUAACAGUGCCAGGAACAGGGUGCUCAAGACCAUCAGAAUGAUGAAGCCAAAAGUUUUUGUGCAUGGAGUAGUGAAUGGAUCAUAUAGUAACCCCUUCUUUUUACCACGUUUUAGAGAAGUCAUGCACCACUACUCGGCAUUAUUUGAUAUCCUUGAUACAACUGUUCCACGAGACAAUGAGGCAAGAAUGAUCUUAGAGGCAUUUCUAUCUGUGUGCAAUUCUCAAUGCCGUUGCAUGUGA